AUGGAUCACCACAGCUGUAUUGCAAGCAAGCAGUUACGAAAUCGAUCUCCCGGAGCUUGGGAGCGCGGUCUGCUAUCCGAGUGCUCACACAAGUACUCGCCCGACUACAGUAAUAUCACAUUCGACGUGGAACUGGACUUCGACCUAGUUCCGGAAGAAUAUAAAGGCACUUUGGCUGAUAGCUUCCUAGAAUGGUAUAUAAUUCGCCAAAUCAACGGCGGGGACGAAAGUUGUCUUGUGGUCGAUGGAAAUGGUUUCGGCAUACAACUAGGUCCAACACACACUCGCGCGCACAGCACAGGAAGUCAACAGAGAUCCGCAAGUCUCCACGGACAACUACAGAGCACGAAUAGCAGCCAUGCUGCACGUCCCGCGUCCCAAACUCCACUCAGGUAUGCUGCAGAGAAGGCACGUCCCGCGUCCCAAACUCCACUCAGGAACUCCCAACAAGUGUCCUCAAACGACAAGUCACUUUUUGGCUUAUUCCACUUUUCGCAUUGCAUUUAUUUUUAUCAAUGUGAUGAAUACAAUAGUCAGUUCGUUGGUAAAAGCUUCAACAAAGGACAAGUUUCCGUUUCGGGCUGCUCAUUCGUGAGCAAAUCUGAUAAGGAGGUGGACGGCGUGGUCUUGGGCGAAUAUGAACUUAUCCUGUUGGAUCAAGGAAACUCACCUGCUGGCCACAAUGUUGAUUAUAUUUUCUACGUUAGAAAAAUAAAUGGACCGGAAUCUGAGUGUACUUACGAGGGCGACUGGGGCAAGUAUGUUUAUCCUGACGAAAACUUACCUGCUGGCCCCAAGGCUGACUAUAUUUUCUACAUUGAAAAAAUAAAUGGACCAGAAUCUAACUGCACUUACGAGGGCGACUGGGGCAAGUAUAUUUAUCCUGAC